CUGAGAGCUCCGGCCUUAGGUGGAUCACGGCGGAUCACUGUAGCCUUAUCUCUUUUAUCAGUCGUAUUUUAUCGUUAACUCAUGGUGUUAUGACCACAAGUGUUGUAGUCGGUGCCAGAGUGUAGCAGUAACAACAUCCAGGGAGCAUACUACCUUUAGAAAUACUGUUAAAAGACUUAGAGAAAUUAAGGUACACGUGACCGCUACCAGAGGAGUCAGUUUGUUAAGUCACCACAGUACCACAGCCUCCACAGCACCGCCCAUAUUCCUCUAUCAUGAGUGGUUACCAGGGCUACGGUCAGCCCCAGAGAGGCUACCCAGGCCAGGCUCCGCCUUCGGGCUAUCCCGGCCCGGCUCCAGGGGCACCACCACCUUCAGGCUACCCAGGUCAGCAGCCCUAUGCUGGAAGCUACCAGCAGGCUCAGGGGGGCUAUCCAGGCCAGCAGCCUCAAGGAUAUCCUGGCCAGCAACCCCAUGGAGGUUAUCCUGGCCAGCAGCCUCCUCAAGGAUACCCGGGACAACAGCCCCAGGCAGGAUACCGUGGAGCUCCCCCUGGCAUGGACCCCAACAUCGCCUCUUGGUUCCGUAGUGUGGAUCAAGACAACUCCGGAGAGAUCAACGCACCGGAGCUGAAACAGGCCCUGCAGAAUGGCAAUUGGUCGCAGUUUUCCGAUGAGGCGUGUAGACUCAUGAUUUCAAUGUUUGAUCAUGACCGCACUGGCACCAUCAACAUCCAGGAGUUUGGACAGUUAUUUACCUUUGUCAGCCAGUGGACGGAGGUGUACCGCCGCUAUGACCAUGACAACUCGGGCACCAUUGAUGAAAAUGAGAUGAACACAGCCCUGCAGCAGAUGGGGUACCGUCUUUCCCCUCAGUUUGUCAGCUUCCUGGUGUCCAAGUUCUCACCCAGGAUGAGGAAGGUGACUCUGGAUAACUUCAUCGUCAGUAAUAUUCAACUUCGCAAUUUAACAGAAGCCUUCAAGAGCCGUGACUGUGAGAUGAAGGGUAUCAUCAGCAUUUCCUAUGAGGACUUUGUCUCCCUCGCUUUUACAAGCCUUAUGUAGGGUUGGUUUUGUGCUGGUUGUCACACUUAAUAGUAAUUGCAUUUUUUUCACCAAAUGUCAACAAUACUGUAAGGAGAUUAUCUUUCAGUUUUCACAAUAAAUUGUUGGAUUAUUUACAGAUUCUACGAAAUGGCAUUUAAAUCUCCCUUCUCCUGAAAUAGUUAGUUUUCAGGAGGUAGGUGGAAGAUUGUGGCCUUAGCUUAGAUAGUUGUAAUAUUAAUUUGCUCAUUUUUUUACUAUUGAUUUACUCUAGCAUCCAAUGUCCUGCCAUUACAAAGUACUAAUUCAUCUUGGUAUAUAAGUAUUAUGUGUUCUUAUGUACUGAGUAUUACCAUUAUGAUCACGAUAUACAAUGUAUUGUUACACGUAAAUUAUUGAAAACAAAUCUUCAAUUUGAUUAUAAUUUGUGUUAUGCUGAGGUGCUGUAAUACCAGGGAAUACACUACAUUAGUAUAGCAUGCAGAGCUCUGACUGUAGUCGACGUGUUCAGUAUUGGUUGUUAAGAGAAAUGGUGGUAAGGUGGUUGUACUUAGCUCAUGGCUUGCAAACUUUUUUAGCUUUUGUAACUAUUGUACUGACCUGUUCUUUAGCUAAUGAAGUAAAACGAUGGUAAUAUAUAUAUUUUUUUGCUGUUACUAAUUAAAUGAACUGCCCUUUCAUUCGCUUAAGGGGUAGUGAUGUUAUUACUAUCUAUAUUUAUAAAGGUUUUUAAUGUUUGUCAAUAAAUGAUGCAGUUUGA